AUGAUCCGAAAUAGCACUAACACCAAUAAUAUCAUGGAAACAGAAGUAGCUUUAAAGGAUUGGAUAUUAUAUUAUCAUAAGUUAUGUGAAGUAAACAGUGGAGAGAUAUUUAGUGGAAAUGAGAUAAUAACUGAUUUUGACGAUCCUGUACUGUCCGAUCCACUUCUAAACUUGAAACCAUUACCAAAAAAUGAGGUGACAGUAAAUAAGGAUAAUGUUAUUAAAGAUAAUGAUUAUUCUUCCAAUGGUUGUGACUUUGCAAAGUCAAAGUUUCAUAUCAAAGGUUUAGUUGGACUUCUAACUACAGCCAGCGUCUAUAUAGGAUUAGAUAAUUCCACAAAUCCUAGUUAUGACAUCUCACAGGCGUGUGAAUUUGAUCUGGAAGAUAAUACUGUACAACAAGGCACAGGCAGAAGUGCUAAUAUGAAUCCUGCUUGUAAAGUUGCUGGUUUUAAUAAAAGUUCAGUCAGAGAUACCAUUUUUAAUAUAUUUAAGAUUCCAAAGAAAGAUGAGAAGAUAAGCAAUGAUAUGGAGGUAAAUAAUACCUUAUCUCGAGAUCUAGACUACAAGAAAGAUCUAUUUGAAUUUGUCAGAAAAUAUUUUGGAAUAUCUGAAGAAGAAACUUUAAUUGGGCAUUAUACAGGGUGGUUAUUACAGGAAGUGUUAAUUCAAGGUAACUUAUUUAUUACCAAUUCUUCUUUGGUAUAUCUAGCACACUUGCCAAAACUGACAGAUGCAGUAGUAUUAUGUGGGAAAUUAAAAUUGCGCUCUAGGCUAAAAGGCAACCCUAGGUAUUGGUGUGUGUUAAAACAUAGCACAUUGGCUCUAUAUAAUGAUCCAUCUGAUAUUUAUUUUCCAAUUUUGAGUAUAGAUUUAAAUCAUGUUGAAGAAAUUUCAUUAGAGAAUAGUUUAAAAGAUGAAAAUACUAUGACUUUUGUCCUGGAAGCCUCUUCUAAAAAUUACAAAUUCAUUGCAGGAUCUAGUCAUUCUGCCAAAACAUGGGUCAAAUGUUUGAAGAAACAAUUGUUUUCUAUAAAAAACCAAUCGAAGGACACUAUAGGAAUUAAAUUUCCAAUAAGCAGCAUAAUAGACGUAGAAUGUCAGAGUUAUAUGAAUCAAGGACAGUCAAUCAAAGUUAAAUGUUUCGAUGGUAAUAAAAAUUAUGCUCUAAAAGAGUAUACUUUUCUAUUUUUUGAUAAAGAUGGGGAUUCAUUUUAUAAUAUAAUUUCAAAUUUUAUUCCAAGAAAUAUGAAUCCAGUAGAGGCUUCAUUACAAAAUUCAAAUCCAACUAUUCAUUUGAACUCAAAGUCACACUUUAAUGAUAAAAUAAAAAUACUUAGUGCAGUAAAUAUUGAUGAUAUAAUAUGUGACACCGAUAGUUUUGAAAUGACUUCUUCAGAUAUAUUGAGUGAUAUAGAUGAAAAUAUUCAGCCACUAUCACUGAAACAUGUAAGAGACAUUUCUAAUUGUAAAAAUUAUCUCAAAGAAGAUUUAAAGACUUCAAACAAAAUGACAAUCCAAGAUUGCAACAAAAAAGUACAAACCUCGGAAAUACAGCUUAUUACAUAUUCUAAGCAUGACAGUAGAAUGGAACUAAAUGAUGAUUCAAAAUAUUAUCAAGGAAAUAUAGGCAACGAUAAUAAAGGGAUUUUAUCUUUCAAAAAUAUAUGCUCUAUCUGGAAUACGUCGCCAAUACAUAACAAGGACAGUGAUAACUUUUUUAUGACUAGUGAUCCUUUUGUUACCUCUAUCAAUGACACGACAUUGGCAAAAAUCAAAGAUUGGUUUAACCUUCAUGAUAAUGAAGUGCUGCAUGCACUUUACUAUGCAUAUCUUAUUAAAGGAUAUCCUGUGUAUGGAAAAUUGUAUGUUACAAACAGGAGGCUUUACUUCAAAUCAUGUAUACCUGGAGUGAAUGUUAAAAUGGUCUUACCUUUAGAAGACAUAGAGGGCUAUAAUGAAAUACUAGGUACUAACUAUGGCAAUUUUGGAAUUUUGUUAACAGUUCAAAAUGAAAAAGAACUUCAAUUUGGAUUCAAUUCAUGUACCAACAGAUCUGACUUUGAAAAUGUGUUGCAAAGAUGUCUUGAUAUUUGUAAAUAUGCGAUCAAAACCCCAGAAUUAGUGACAAGCAGAGUAAUUGAAUCCGAAUCUGAGCAUUCCAGGUUAAGAUUCUUUGAGGAAAAAUUCAGCACUGAAGGAAUUGAUAUUCCUUUCUUAGUUGAGGAUAAUCCAUAUUUUAAAACAAAAAUAAUGCCUACAAAGAGCUAUAAUUUUGGGUUUUUAACAAUUGGGUCUCGUGGAGAUGUUCAGCCAUAUAUAGCCUUGGCAAAAGGAUUGAUACAAGAAGGACAUAGUGUCACGAUAAUUACACAUAGGGAAUUUAAGUCAUUUGUAGAGUGUCACGGCAUCGAUUUUAAAGAAAUUGCGGGUGAUCCUACCAAGUUAAUGUCAUUAAUGGUAGAGCAUGAAGCAAUUAAUGUUGGAAUGCUUAUGGAAGCUUCAAGUAAAUUUCGGGGUUGGAUUCAUGAUUUGUUAGUAACUACUUGGGAAGCAUGCAAAAAUUUGAAGUUGGAUAUCCUGAUUGAAUCACCAUCAGCAAUGGCAGGAAUACAUAUUUCAGAAGCACUUCAGAUACCCUAUUUCCGAGCAUUCACGAUGCCAUGGACUAGAACAAGGGCAUAUCCGCAUGCAUUUAUUGUGCCUGAUCAAAAGAGAGGCGGCAGUUUCAAUUAUCUGACACAUGUUAUAUUUGAAAAUGUUUUCUGGAGAGGAAUCUGUAGUCAAGUUAAUAAAUGGAGAGUUCAGACUCUAGGAUUAGAAAAGACUAAUUUAGCUCAACUUCAGCAAAAUAAAAUUCCUUUUCUUUACAAUAUAUCUCCAGUAAUUUUCCCACCUGCUAUAGACUUUGAUGAAUGGAUCAAAGUUACUGGAUAUUGGUUUUUAGAUGAAUCGGAAUCAUUUGAGCCUAGUCAAGAAUUGGAGACAUUUAUCUCAAAGGCUCGAAAAUUGGGUAAAAAAUUAGUUUAUAUUGGUUUUGGCUCAAUUGUUGUCAAUAAUGCGAAAGAGAUGACAAGGGCAGUGAUUGAUUCAGUUUUAGAGACAGAUAUAUUUUGUAUACUCAAUAAAGGUUGGUCAGAAAGGCUGGGGAAAGAAGAAUUAAGGUAUGAAGAGGAGCCAGAAUAUCCUGAAACUAUUUUCCUAUGUGAUUCUAUUCCUCACGAUUGGUUAUUUCCUAAAGUUGACGCAGCAGUUCAUCAUGGUGGUUCUGGCACUACUGGCGCAACACUAAAGGCAGGGACACCUGUUGUAAUUAAGCCAUUUUUUGGUGACCAAUUUUUCUUUGCUUCAAGGAUUGAAGAUAUUGGAGCAGGCAUUGCAUUGAAAAAGCUAAAUGUCAGUAGUCUAUCCAAUGCCAUCAAAAAAGUCCUAACUGAUAAAUCAAUUAAAAGGAAAGCUGUUUCAUUGAAAAAGAGAGUUGCAAAAGAAAAUGGUGUCACAACGGCUAUAAAUUGUAUAUAUAGUGAGUUAGAGUAUGCAAGAAGUUUAGUUGUGAAAAAAAAUCAUAAAUCUUCAAAUAUCGAAUUUAUACAGCACCCGAAUAAUGUCAAUGAUACGACUAAGACUGUGAUUCCGCUCACCAGCAUGGUCUGA